AACAGUUCAAAGUUUUGGGUUUCCCCGCAAAGAAAGGCAAUCGCCGGUUUGCUGGUGUUCUGCCCCGCCAUUGUCUUCUCGUGUCUGUCUCAGGCCGGUGGACCGUUGUGCUGCGGGGAAGAAUCAGACAAUAGAACGCGGCCGUCUGACUGCUGAUUAGGGACCACUACAGAUCAUGAUCGCCAAUACGCAGCUUCUUUUAUUUAUCUGCUCGCCAGAUAUAUAAAGAUAGACAUGCCGGUCUCAUCUCCCCUCCUGCCUUUGUGCUGCCACCUUUGCUUGAGCUGAGUGCCUCUGCUACAAUGGUCUUCAAAUUUCAGAAGCCGUCUAAGACCCGUGUCUACAACUGGUAUGUGUCGCUGGUUGCGGCGUGUGCUAUGGUUCUCUAUGGCUACGACGCCUCCGUCUUCAACGCCGUGCAAGGCUCUACCAACUGGAACAACUACUACGGGAACCCCAACAGCAGUGUCAUUGGCUCUGUUACCACUGCCUACACCGUUGGAGGUAUCGUCUCUGGCUUUUUCUUCAGUGCGCCGAUCUCAGACUACUUCGGUCGCCGCAUGUCUAUCGCAGUCGGCGCCGUUAUCGUUAUUGCUAGCACAUUCGUGCAAGCCUUCAGUCCCAGUGGCUCCAUCGGAGGGUUUAUCGCCGGCCGGUUCUUUGUCGGUGUCGGUCAGGGUAUCGCGCUUCCCGCUGGACCAGUCUACAUCGGCGAGAUGGCACCGGCUGAUAUUCGUGGAAUGAUCAUGUCAUUCUGGCAACUCUUCUACAGUGUCGGUUCGUUCAUUGCCUUCUGGAUCAAUUACUCGUGCACCAAGCGCGUGGCCUCGUUGGGUAAUUGGGAUUGGCGUAUGGUUGUCAUCUUUCAGAUCCUGGUACCGCUGAUGAUCUGCGCUGCUAUUCCGUUCUGUCCCGAGACCCCUCGUUGGUACGUCCAGAAGGGCCGUUACGAGGACGCCCGUCGGUCUCUCAGACGGGUGCGGGAGACGGAGGAAGAAGUUGACAACGAGAUGGCCGAGAUUACAAUGGCCAUUGAGUAUGAGCACGAGGCUCUCCGAGGCAGCUACUGGCCCUUGUGGAAGGACCGUUCGCUGCGCAAACGUCUGUUGCUUGCGUUCGUUAUCAAUUGCGGACAGCAGAUGACCGGACAAGGAUCUCUCAACAACUACUCGACGAUUAUCUACAAAAAAGUGUUUACAGACAACUCCACCAUCCAGCUCAUCAAUGCUCUUAAUGGUACUUUUGGAAUUCUGUUUACAUUGAACGCGACCUGGACCGUUGAUCGAUUUGGCCGCAAGCCUGUCCUCUUUGUCGGUGCUAUCGGAAUGGCGAUCUCAAUGAUCAUUGUUGCGACUGUCGAGACCCAGACUCCCGAUCUUCCGGGAGACACAAAGAGUCAGCCGGUUGGAAUUGCGACGGUCUUUUUGUUAUUCCUGUUCACUUUGUUUUACAAACCCAGUUGGGGUGCUGUUACGUGGAUUUGGACCUCCGAGGUCUUCAGUAUGAACGUCCGUGCCCAGGCUGUCGGUAUGGCUUCGCAGAUGCAGAACGUUGCCAACGCAAUCUUGCAGCAGAUUUUCCCGCUUAUUCUUGAGAAAAUCAAGUUCUACACGUUCUACAUGUUUGCCGGAAUCAACAUUAUUCUCGCAGUGUUUGUGUACUUCUGGCUACCAGAGACCAGGGGCGUGAGGCUCGAGGAGAUGGACACCUUGUUCGGAGGCGAGAGUCAUGCUCAGCGGGGAGCGGAUCUGAUUCUGCGAGAGAAAGGAGAUCUGGCAGAGCAGAUUGAGCACGCGCCUGACGGUGACCGGGAGUUGACGGCCGAGGAACAGCUGGCUGCUGAGAAGAUUGCGAUGCAGGUCGUUUUGGAGAGUCGACGUGCAAAGGAAGGCGAUUCUGUUUAGUGCUGGUUGUAUUGUUAUGUCUUCAUUUAAUACUAAGUUAGCUCAAGUAG